AUGGGAGAGGUGUGGGAUGAGGUGUGGGAUGAGGUGUGGGAUGAGGUGUGGGAUGAGGUGUGGGAUGAGGUGUGGGAUGAGGUGUGGGAUGAGGUGUGGGAUGAGGUGUGGGAUGAGGUGUGGGAUGAGGUGUGGGAUGAGGUGUGGGAUGAGGUGUGGGAUGAGGUGUGGGAUGAGGUGUGGGAUGAGGUGUGGGAUGAGGUGUGGGAUGAGGUGUGGGAUGAGGUGUGGGAUGAGGUGUGGGAUGAGGUGUGGGAUGAGGUGUGGGAUGAGGUGUGGGAUGAGGUGUGGGAUGAGGUGUGGGAUGAGGUGUGGGAUGAGGUGUGGGAUGAGGUGUGGGAUGAGGUGUGGGAUGAGGUGUGGGAUGAGGUGUGGGAUGAGGUGUGGGAUGAGGUGUGGGAUGAGGUGUGGGAUGAGGUGUGGGAUGAGGCACGCGAUGGGGUAUCUGAUGAGAUAGGAGGAGGGAAGGUGGGGUUGGGGGAGUGCAUGGAGCGUCCUCUGCUGCCACCAUCAACAACCCAUCAAGGAGGAGGGGGAGGUGGGGAGGGAAGGGAGGGGGAGAGAGGGGAGGGAAACAAAAUAGGAGGACAAGCAUGA